GUAUUCGAUAUCCCCCACAGCCCCGCCCUCUGUGUAAACGGGUGGGCGGGGCCUAAUCACACAUUGUGCUUCUCCGGCUCGCCGGGUUCAGAAGGAUUACCGUGGCGGGCUGGCUCGGGCGACGAAUCACACCGUUGCCGCCGUCGGUCGGUUCUUCCAGCAGCGGUGGCGGCGAGUGGGAGCCGUGAUGGCAUGUGUUGCACCGACGACGUUACCGGAACAACCGGACAACUCUAAACGUGAGGACGACAACACCGGGAGGUCCAGUUUGAGUUAGCGAGAUUAUGUCCGGAGCUUGUGCUGCUGUGGAGAAAAGUUUAUCAGGAGUCGGGAUACUCUUACACCACAUUACGAUAACAUGGCGGAGCGCAGUGCUUGCGAUGUCAACAUCCUCAGCAUCCCGGUGCCCAUUCGUCGCGGCGGCUCAGAGUCCAACCUGGACGUGGUGGACAGUGUCGGGGAUGACGGAGUGGGCCUGGACUUCACCAAGGGAGCGCUUGGUAUCGACAGCCUGCAGCAGAAGAUCCUCAAGGUGACGGAGCAGAUUAAGGUGGAGCAGACGGCUCGGGACCAGAACGUCGCAGAGUACCUGAAGCUGGUGAACAACGCUGACAAGCAGCAGGUGGGACGAAUACGCCAGGUCUUUGAGAAGAAGAACCAGAAGUCUGCGCACACCAUCGUCCGGCUGCAGAGGAAGCUGGAGCAGUACCACCGCCGCGUGAAGGACAGCGAGACCAACGGGAAACACAGCCACAAGGAUGGCGGCAGCAAGGAGCCCGGGACUCACAGUAAAGAGGGCAGCCUGCGGGACGUCAGCGCUACCGGGAGGCACCCGGCGCUGGAUAAAGUGAAGACAAUCGGACCCGGUGUGUCGCUUUCGCCACCCUUCUUCUUCAACAAGUCUCGGGAGUUCGCCAACCUCAUAAGGAACAAGUUUGGAAGCGCCGACAACAUCGCCCACCUCAAGAGCUCCAUGGAGUCGGGGUCGCUGCAGGUGGACGGCGCAUCCAGGGGUCUGAGCGGGAGCGCCACCACAGUAGCCAAGGCGACCAAGUACCAGAGCGACGAAGAGUGCUCCACGGGGACGUCUGCGUCCGCCGACUCAAACGAGAACCUAGCCGGGGGCUCGGGGGCGGGGUCCGGAGGCCCGGGGAGGUCCGACUCUAACGGGCGGCUGGGGGAGGUGCUGGACAUGGUGCGGGAGAUCAGGGAGUCUCAGACGCAGCUGGCCGACGACAUGGAGACUCUGAACACGCAGUUCAAACGGGAUUACAGCUACUUCUCCCAGAUGAUGCAGGAGGAGAGAUACAGAUAUGAGCGGUUGGAGGAUCAGUUGAAUGACCUGACGGAGCUCCACCAGCACGAGACGAUUAAUCUGAAGCAGGAGCUGGCCAGUAUCGAGGAGAAGGUGGCCUACCAGGCCUACGAGAGGGCCAGGGACAUACAGGAGGUCCUGGAGUCGUGCCAGACUCGAGUUUCUAAGCUGGAGCUCCAGCAGCAGCAGCAGCAGACGGUUCAGGUGGAGAACACCGACGCCAAGGUGCUGCUGGGGAAAUGCAUCAACAUCAUGCUGGCUAUCGUCACCGUGAUCCUGGUGUGCGUUUCCACGGCGGCCAAGUUCACGGCCCCGCUGCUGCGUAGUCGCCUCCACCUGGUGUUCACCUGCGUGGGCGUGUCCGUGUUAGCGCUGCUGUGGAAGAACUGGGAACAUUUACAGUGCGCUUUGGAACGAUUGCUCCUCCCGCACUGAGCAGGGAGGAGUUUACAUGUAGCCUUACACCGGCCCGAGUCCCCCACAGAUUUUGGGCUUCACGGUGACUUGAUUUAUGGCUGCUGUGCUUUGCAUGUCUAAAUGGGGUCCACACAAAGCCUUUCCCAGAAUGCACCUCCACUGUAAUUCCAACACACAGAUGUAAGCUGAUAUAACUGUGACAAAGCUGAAGCUACAAGGCUGAAGGUGAAGACUUUGUUGAAAGUGCACCACUACAGCCAACAGAUGAGUCGGAUGGAAUUAAUCUCGCGCUCAUCUGGUCGUCAGAAGAUUCUGGAUCGUGGCAACAACAGACACUAAAAUCUAAAUAUAGAGGAUUUCAUUGGUGCGUAGAAAUACAGUGAUUAUUUCCUGUCCCUAAAGGGAAGUGUAUCUGUUACAGCACCACCUCACGUCACCUCCAAACACACACUGGCUUUUCUUGAAGCUGUGACAUCCACCUGAAGGUUCAUUUGUACUGAACUCUGUAUUUAUGUCUUUUCUUCUUAGGGUCUCACUCAAAAGGACACUUUUAAGCCGUUGUUUUAAACUGUGUGUGUGUGUGUGUGUGUGUGUGUGUGUGUGUGUGUGUGUGUGUGUGUGUGUGUGUGUGUGUGUGUGUACUGUAUGCAUGCUUGUGUGUGUCUGCAUUGUUUCACAUUUUGUGGAAUAUUUGCUUCCUUGGUGAGAGUUUGGAGGGAACAUUGACACCACUCA